CUUUAGCGAGCGCAAAAACCGGCCUGGGGGCCUUACCGUCUUCAGCACCCUGAGGUGUCCCAAGGGGCGGAGACAGGGAAGAUGGAGGAGAGCGAGACCAAGAUUGCCCUCCUCCUCUCCCAUCUCACGGACCUCCUUGCGACAUGCAUCGCGCAGCAGGAGGACAUUCACAGCCUCGAUGCCGAAGUCAAGAGUGUUCGCAGCCGCCUGCACCUCGUCAGCAAAUGCAAGCACCACACGUACUUAUACUCCCGGUCGGGAGGCGCAUGCCAGGCAUGGCUGGACAAUCUCUUGUCCCAGUACAGGGUGGUCGCUGACGAGUUACACACGAAGAUCAACUGGGAAGACCUCAAGGCGGCGUGGUACAAGCGGUUCCAAGUGGAGCCGCCGGAAAUCAAGGCCAUGGACAAGCUCAUGACCUUCGAGCAAGGCUCGCUGCCAAGCGUCGACUGGAUUGCCGAGUACCAACGCUUGACAUCCGUCCCAGGUCUCCCGAUGGGCUUCAAAGCCAUCAAGCACUACUUCAUUUCGAGGUCGUGCCCGGCGUUGAGCAACGCCUUGACGCAUGUCGAGGACACACUGACAACGACGGCGCAACUGUUCGACAAGGCCGCACAGAUUAUCAUCACGAACAAGGAGGCGAAGAACCUCACUCGUGCUGCGGCAGGCCCGAGCAAGGACCAGCAUCGGCCCACGGUGGCCGUGGUUGCGGCGGCAUCGCCAAGCAGCCAAUCUAGCGAGGCGGAGUCUGCCAAUGAAGGAGACAGACUCGCAGCAACCCGGGAUGGUGGCCGCCCCGACCGAGGCCGAGGACACAGCGGGCUGCCCUACCAAGGGGAAGGGCAAGCAAGGAAACUGAGCGCCGCCGAGAGUGAGUCGACGACACUCUCGACGCCUUCGAAACCGGUUUCUUCGCGAGUGACCGGCCUUCAUUCCGGGGCGCAUGCGGAAGUCGACAAUCCUCUUCUCUAUUCUUUUGAGGACUAUGCUGCCCGGCUCGUUCCGGCGCUGGGAUCUUUUGCUCAAGGACAAGACGUGUGUGCGGCAUCUUCUCCGUCCGGCAACGGUUCUUCUUCGUCUUCAAGUGAUUCUUCACGGGAUUCGGCGCGCGGGUUCAACAUAGAGGAAUUGGACCCGCUCAAGUCUGGGGAUUUCGCAUGGCUUCCUCUCCCGACCACGGGCCGCUUACCGGGACCGCAAUGCGCAGCACUCUGUGCCCAUCUUCACAAGUACUUGUCCUUCUAUGCACCACCAACUUCACCGACGGAUGACGAGGUCGCGGUGGGGGACAUCUUGGCAUAUGUUACCAAGGUGGCCCGCGAGUUUCGCACACAGCGGUACGACGACAAUAAUGCACCGCUGAUGUAUGUCCGCAUCCAAGUUGGGCAGGCGUCCUGCAGCGCUUUGCUGGAUAGCAGCGCGACUCGCAACUUCAUGAGCCAAGCUUUUAUGCAAAGGGCUGACCUCGGCGUGCAGGUUCGGAGGAAGGCAAACCCGACGGCGAUCAAGUUGGCGGAUGGAAAGACGCAACAACUUCUCGACCGUUACAUCGAGGCCGUAUCGGUGUACUUCGCACCUCAUGCAUGCGAACCGGUCACGUUCGACAUCUUGGACACGGACUUCGAUAUCAUUCUGGGAAUGCCUUGGCUUGCAAGUGCGGAUCACACGGUCAACUUUCACCAGCGGACUCUCACCGUUCGCGACGCCUUCGGCGCCGAGGUGCCGUGUACUAUUCCUCUUCCGCACCCUUCGAUCCGGUGCCAAGUCGUGACGGCCAAAUCGUUCCGAACUACAUGUGCAUAUGAGCAACCCGAAGAGAUAAGCCUAUGUUUCUUGCGGACUAGCGCGGUAGCCGACUCUUCACCAUCGGACUUGUCUUCGGACCCUCGCGUGGUACGGCUGCUUGAUGAGUUCGCCGACAUCUUCGAGUCACCUACYGRUGUGGUGCCGGAUCGGCCGAUCUCUCACGAGAUCAUUCUUGAGGCCGGUGCCGUGCCGCCGAAAGGUUGCAUCUAUCUGAUGAGCGAGGAGGAACUGGAGGUCCUUCGCUCACAACUUGACGACUUGUUGGCCAAGGGCUGGAUCCGCCCUAGCAGCUCCCCAUAUGGAGCACCAGUUCUCUUUGUAAGGAAGAAGAACAAGGAUCUACGUCUGUGCAUCGACUACCGCAAGCUCAACGCCCAAACUGCGGCCAUGACCCACGAGUUUCGUGCUAUGUUGGAUCGGUUCGUGCUGGUCUACCUAGACGACAUUCUCGUCUACAGCCGGACUCUGGAGGACCAUCUUGAGCAUCUUCGACGUGUGUUGGAGACGCUCCGCCGUGCCAAGUACCAAGCCAACCGCGACAAGUGCGAGUUUGUCCGGCAAGAGCUUGAGUACUUGGGCCAUUUUGUCACACCAGAAGGCAUCAGCCCGCUAUCGGAGAAAAUUCAAGUCACCCAGGAGUGGCCGGAGCCGCGUAACGUCACGGAUGUCUGUUCGUUUCUUGGUCUUGCCGGCUACUAUCAGCGCUUCAUCAAGGGCUAUUCGAAGAUCGCGGCCCACUUGACCAAGCUUCAAUCUGAGGAUCGGCCGUUUGACUUCGACGAGGAUGCGCGGGAAUCUUUCUUGGCUCUCAAAGCUGCACUUUUGUCAGCGGAGGUCUUGCGAAUCUAUGACCCGGUAUUGCCCACACGCGUCACUACUGAUGCGUCCGGCUAUGGUAUUGGCGCUGUCCUCGAGCAACACGAUGGCGUGGACUGGCACCCGGUCGAGUAUUUCAGCAAGAAGGUGCCCGCCGUGCACUCUAUUGAUGACGCGAGAAAGAAGGAAUUAUUGGCCUUCGUACACGCACUCAAGCCCUGGCGGCAUUUCCUUCUUGGUAGACGGCAGUUCCGAUGGGUAAGAGACAACAAUCCGUUGGUCUUUUACAAGACCCAGGACACAGUCAACAACACCAUUGCCCGGUGGAUGACCUUCAUUGACCAGUUUGACUUCUUCCCUGAUCACAUUCCGGGCAAGUCAAACCGUUUUGCGGAUGCUCUUUCACCACGUCCGGACCAUUGCACCGCCGUCUACUCGACUCUCGAGAUUGAUAACGACUUGCGGGACAAUUUUAUCCGCGGCUACCAGGCCGACCCCGAGUUUCGCGACAAGUACGCAAAUUGUUCCUCGCCCAAUCCGUCACCUUCUCACUAUCGGAUCCAGGAGGGAUAUUUGCUUGUCCACUCGCGGAGGAAGGAUCUUCUUUGCGUACCGAGUGACCCUCACUUGCGUACACGGCUUCUUGGCGAGUUCCACGAUGCUCCCGCCACCGGACAUUUUGGCGUCAAUCGAACGAUUGGCCGACUUCGCGAGCGAUUUUGGUGGCCCGGUCUUCUCGACGACGUCACACGCUACUGCGAGUCAUGCGAGAUUUGUCGACGUUGCAAAUCCCGCAAUCAUCGUCUGUAUGGCGAGUUGCGACCACUACCGGUUCCCUUGUGCCGACGGGAGGCGAUUGCCAUGGAUAUCACUGGGCCAUUCCCCAAGCACAAGACCAGUAUGGAUGGGAUUCUCACGGUAGUCGAUCGACUCACCAAGUUUGCCAUGUUUUUGCCUUGUCGCUAUCAUGCCAAGGCACCAGAGUUGGCCGAGGUUCUCUACGCCGGUUGGAUUCGAACCAAGGGUUACCCCAAGGAAAUCGUCUGCAACCGCGACACUCGGUUCAUGUCUGAUUUUUGGUUGGUGCUCACCAAACGAUGGGGCUCAUCUCUCAAGCCUAGUUCAGCUCGCCACCCUCAGACGGAUGGCCAGACGGAGAGGGCGCACCAGACGGUACAGGUUCUCCUUCGCACUCUCAUCCGUCCCGAUCAGAAGGAUUGGGUUGAGCGGCUGUCGGAUGUCGAAUUGGCCUACAAUUCGUCCAUCCACCUGGCUAUUGGGAUGUUGCCUUUCGAGUUUGAGCAUGGCUCUCCGGUCACUUUUCCGUUGGACACCAUCGUUCCACGCACGGCUGAGAGCGACGACCAUCUCCUUUUCUUGCGUCGGAUGCAAGAGCUUCUUGUCAAGGCACGCAAUCAGAUGGCAAAGACGCAGCAACGCAUGAGCCAGCAGGCCAAUCGCCAGCGUCUUCCUUGUUCAUUCCGCGCCGGCGACCUCGUGUGGGUUUCCGCCGCGGAAUUCAGCCUUAAGCAGGAUAUCUCUCGCAAGCUCCUCCCGAAAUGGAUGGGGCCAUGGCCGAUUGUAGCACCUGUUGGGGAUGCACCUGAGGGACCUUCCUUCACAGUUAAGGUGCCCGCCCACUUGCCCGUCUACCCAGUUUUCCAUUGCUCCAAGUUGGCGUUGUACACACCAGCAGACCAGGAUGACUUUCCCGGGCGACGAUUGCAAGACCCACCCUCUAUGGACGGCUUUGAGGAGGUUGGUGACAUCAUUUCCCAGCGACGCUACGGUAGCAAGCCGACCGAGUAUCUGGUACACUUUGCGUAUUGCACCCACCGAGCCGACCGCUAGUUGACCCGUGCGGAACUCCAAGCGACAACUCCAGAUGUUCUCGUAAGGUAUGAACGAAAGAUAUAAGGCAAGCCGGUAUC